CGGUCUGCGGCCCGGGAAAGGAACUUGUGGACAAGUGCAUCGGUUCACGCAUUCACAUCGUGAUGAAGAGCGACAAAGAAAUUGUUGGGACACUUCUAGGAUUUGAUGACUUUGUCAAUAUGGUGCUGGAAGAUGUUACAGAAUUUGAGAUCACACCUGAGGGCAGAAGAAUCACAAAGCUGGACCAGAUUCUGCUAAAUGGAAAUAACAUAACUAUGCUGGUUCCUGGAGGAGAAGGACCUGAAGUAUGAAGACAUGAUAUUCAUAUGUACUUUCUAUGUACAUAAGCAAAAUCUAAAUAGGGGUUUUGGGAUAGAAGUGUGUUUGGGUGUGGAUUGUUCACUUGCUUUGGUUACACACUGGACAUUUUGCAAAUCACAACUCUUUAGGGAAGGUGCUGGUGGUCAUAUUGACUUUGUAAGUUGAAAUCAUGACUUUCUCGUGAAGACACAACCUCUUCUGAAUAAAAGGUUUUUUCUUUGUUGGCUGUUGUGUUCUGUUAUGUAAGUGUUAGAUAAUUUUAUAACUACUUGAUGGAGUACAGAAAUGACAAUUGUGUUUCACUUGCUAUCGGUCUUAUUUUUUUUUUGCAUCUGUUGCAUUUGUUUCUGGCCCAAGUCUGUAUAGUACACAAGUCGUGAUCCAGGAUGUUUCUGGCCUUUGGCAUACAGGCAGAUACUGAGCUGGAUGUUUUGCUCAAAAGCUGUGUCACUGGAAACCGCAUGGCAGAGUUCUGAAAGCCCUUCAGAAAGCCUGGGUGCAUCUGUUUGAUGCUCUGCAGCCUUUGGUUCUGCUGGCCUUGAGGUUCAGCUCUUGUGGACCAUUUUGCUUGGCAGGUAGGCUUCUUUACAGCAGAGGCAUUUG